AUGGCGAGUGCAAAGUACCACAACCUACCUCGCGAAGAGGAACUGCAGUGGGUGGAACUCAAACUGUUGAAUUUUCACCACGACUACAUGAAGCUCUUGGUAAUCAGCAUUGUCCAGACCAUGCUCCGAGAGCUGGACUCUGAAUCCCCAGCUAGGCUAGCAUGCAACAAAGGAAUGUUGAGAUGGAUGCUACAUAAAAGCCUUCAGAAAAAUCCUGCUAACAGCAUCUCUCUGGUUUCGGUGCUUAUAAAGGAACUAGAAAAGGCUGAGAGGAUUGACUCUAAGCAGCGUGUUAUUCCCCUCCUGCAUACCUUAGCAUACGCAAUCAUUCAGGCUGUCCACGUUCCAGACGAUCUGCUUGACAGAGUCUGUAGCUCAUUGAAAAGGCUUCUCACACUACCAGAGCCUUACUGCACUGUGGCUCUCAAUUAUAUCAGAUGUAUGAAGAUGGAGCGCAGUACCCCUGGUGCUCUCUAUCAGAGAAGAGUUAUCGCUGAACACAGCCUCAAAAAUGAUCACUACCCGCUUCAGGAAAAGGUGAUGGUGUUUGCCGAUCCAGCUGUGUUUUCUCCGUCUCUGAUGGCUGCAGUGGGGACAGAUGUUAAGUGCCAUGGUUCAGACCGGGACACGCUGACCUAUGAACGCAGCAUUCUGUUACACACUCUACAGUCUGUGUUAGGGAGACACUGCAACGGCUGCACACUCGCUCAGGCCUUGGAGGUGUGUGUAGAGUUGAAACAGUACUUCCAGGAGUCGGUAGCAGCAGCGGAACAGAAUUGUGAGAGCACGGGUUCCGAACACGGACAGUACAGCAGAAAAAUCAAACAGAUAUACCACAGCAUUCUGAGAGCAGCAAAUCAAGAUUCGACGUUUUUUGGCCCUCUGGUCGAAGCUCCGUUGCCUAGCCCAGACAUCAGCUUCCACGCCUGGACGAAAGACGAAGAAAUAUGGAGUGAGGUGGUGAAUUUUAUCCUGUCGGAUGAGGCUGAAUUGAUCAAACGUGUGUCCACCACAUCUACUGACAGUGGGAUAGAGGGAGACCUUCCCAUGAGCGAGUUCUCUAACCUAACAGUGGAGCCCCCUGCUGUCCAGGAGGUCCAAGAGCAAAGACGCUUCCAGCAGUUCAGUAGGGUUCCAUGUCUGAGGCCAAAUGCCAAAGACAGAACAACUUUAGUGAGAGAGGGCUACAAUACUCGCAGCAGACUAAACCCUUCCCCUAAAGACAAUAGGAAUUACAUCGCUCGAAUCGUUGUCAUGGGAGACGACAGGACUCUGGGAAGGCUCGGCAAGGCCUACCUCUGCAUAAGGAAAAACCAGGCCCAGAAUAUGUUCCUAACAAGACGUGUGAAACUAGAGCUCUACUACAUCCCUGUAACGAACCAGUCCGGCGCUACAUCUCCAGUCCAGGAGGAGAGUCCACAAGAUUUACUGACAAUGUCGAAGUUCUUGGGAUUUCUGGAUCCUUGGUAUGACUGUAACAUCAACGGCCUGGGGGCUGUGGUGUUACAGCUAGCACAAAUGCCAACCAAUCACAAAAGCUCUUCCCAAGACUCGUUCUUAUUGGACACUAUAUCAUACUACAUCCGGACUGGACAACAGCCAGUUCACAUCCCUGUCUACACUGUUAAGAUUGCGUAUGCUAGCCUGACUGCAUCACCCGUGGAAGAACUGUUUGUUUCCCAUCUCGAAAUCGACUUUCCUGAGCUCAGCGCUCUCAAAGCUGUUGUCAAAGCCUCAGGGAGGGGCAGAAGGCAGUCACAAGAGGUUGGAGGAGCAGUCAUCUCCGUUCAUUACCGAAGGACAUCUUUGAGUGGAAGAGAUGUGGACAAAGGAGUGUCGUUGAUGACAUGCGGCGUGCAGAUGAAUGCUGUUCCUGUAAACGGAGAGAAAGGUUUUGACUGCCUCACUGUAAACUUCAGCAACAUUUUCACAAACCCGUCAAAGGCAUGCACGUCCAUUCUAAGAACUACCAGCAUCUCAAUUCGAACCCUGGAGGCAAGAACAUUUACUGUCUGCUUGGACAAGGACUCUCGCAGAACUUUCCAGAAGAUGAACCAAAAGUCCACACAAUGUUUUCACGAGGAAAAGGCCAAUGGAAUCAGCAGGUACCUGAACAAGGCCCUGAGUCUGCCAAUCAACACCUUUUCAGGAAGCAUACUCUGA